CCACCAUCCACCUUUCUUUACUUACCAACAGUCAACGAACAAUCGCAAAAAACAUAUUCGGCUCAAAGAAGACGACGCUUGCCGAGAGUUGGAACAGAAACGGCCUCCCGAGACUGCCCCGACAUACCGUCGCGAAUGUAACCUCGGCAUCGGUCGGCAAGUUCAUCAGACAGCAAUCAUCCAGCUGCUCUGUGUCUCUGACCUAUCUUUCACAAUGCAGAGAUUAAAGAGAUUUCUUCUGAAAAGAUACUCGAGGCUCGACCAUGAGUUAUCUGCUCCGGAGCCAGCGCCGACGAAUCCCCCGACUUCGCCUGAAACUAAUACUGGCUCAUCUUGUCAUGGAAGCAUCAACCUUUCCAGAAUUGAGAGGCUACCCUUCGAGAUCCGGAAUGAGAUAUUACUUGCAGUAGACUCCAUCGCUGAUAUUUCUUCGUUGGUGCAUGCCUCACCCACCUUUCAUCAGCAGUAUCGGCUUGACCGAGCAUUCUGGCUAUGGCAUUGCUUAAAGCAGGAAUUAGGCAAUGUACUUAUUGAUGCUUACAAUGUCGAUACAUAUAACACACCUGAGUUCCGGUCGACAAGAACCCGCCAGAGAGUGCUACUAUACGUCGAAGAUUAUAAACUACAGCGGUCCGAGGGAACGGAGUCACUUUCUCAACCGCCCGAGGACGAUGUCAUCCGUAUCGCGUCUUUUCAUACCUCUGUCAUCCGUGCCUUUAUGCAGCAAUAUGCUACUUGGACCCGUGCCAGCUUGGAAGGCCUAUCUGAGCCAAAAGAUCUCAGCAGAACAGAAGCGAGGCGCAUUGUGCGUGGCCUGUACCGGUUCCAAAUAUUCUGCAGCCUCUUCGGCCCGGCACGUGGUGGCGGCAACUUCUUCUACGAUGAUGGUCUCCUUGAAGCUGAAGAGAGGCUUCAGCUGCUUCUUGACGUUUACGAGGCUUGGGAGAUCGAAGAGAUUCUCUGCAUCAAUGUAUUUGUGCAUGCCAAAUACCGCGUCUUGUUCGAACAGGUUGAAUGGGACUUGCAUCCAGAUAACCCUUCAUUCGACGACGUACGGACAGGUCCGCAUACCCCACCAGGGGCGUUCCAUCUGGCCAGUAAUAUGUUUGCAGAUUAUUACAGGAAUGGCAUAGUCUGCCGAGGACUGCCAGUUCUAUUUGCCGCCAUGGAGAUUCCAAGUCAUUCCGAACUAGUAAAGCUAAUAGCAAGUGAAAUUGUUUCAGUGGUAGACGACAUGGUCUCCGAAACAACAAGACCUUAUCAUCAAGACACAAGACGCGAGAACCACUAUUCCGAUCGCGACAAAGCGCAGGAUAACCGAGAGAAAAUGAGCUUCGAAGGAGAAAGCUAUGACUCGCCUCCAUAUGCAUGGGUGGUCUUCUGGAAAGAGUUGUAUAGCAACCUCUAUGGCGAUUAUGUACCACCGUCCUUUCGUCCCUGGGGGUAUGUUAUGUGGGACAAGAAUCGGCUAGUCAACGCUGAUGCUGUUGCCAUAAUCAGUCGGGAGUGGAAGGCCAUGUAUAACAGGCUCAAUGACGAAGGGGAACCGGAGGACCCGAGAGAUGAGAUGUUGGCUUAUCGCUGAUGUAUGGCAGCACAUAAUAAAGUGACUAUAUUUUUUAUAGUAGAAGAAAUGCCAUUGCCAAGGUGGGAAGAGAGGUAUAGAUUGC